AUGGCGGCCGAUCCCAACGACCCCGACCGCAUCUUCUACGUCGCCGGUUCCACCGUCGUGUACGGUCACCUCGGCAAGACCGGGGGCCAAUCCUUCCUCCGCGGCCACGACGACGACGUCACGUGCAUGGCGGUCUCCCACUCCGGGAAGCUCAUCGCGACCGGCCAGACGGGCGUCAACGCGGACGUCGUGCUCUGGGACGCCGUCAACGGCAAAGAGCUGUUCAGGCUGUCGGAGCACGACGAGGGCGUCGCGUGCCUCGCCUUCUCCCCCGACGACAGGCUCCUCGUGUCGUGCGGCAUUCACGCGGACGGCAAGAUCUUCGCGUGGGACACGGAGACGGGCUGCAUCGUCGCGAACGGCGCAUUGUCCCCGAGGGAGACCAACGCCAUCGCGUUCGCGCCGAAAAUUCAACGCAACGGAACGUACUACACCUUCGGGACCGCGGGCAAAGAAGAGGUGGUCAUCUGGGGUUGCGACGCCGGCCGAGGGCUCAUCGGAGGCCAGAAGUGCGGCACCGGCAACACCAAGCGGUACUUCACCUCGUGCAUCUUCAGCCCGGACUCGACGGAACUCUACGUCGGAUCGAAGAGCGGAGACGUAUCCACGUUUAACGUCCAGGGGUGCGUCCUCCGGAACUGGGCUCCGUGCUGCAAGGGCGCGGCGCAGGUGUUCAUGCAAGUGGACGGCGGCCGGUACUAUCUCGUCGGCGGCGGCGACGGCAGCGUCGGAGUCUUCAACCCGCACAAACCGCCGACGGUCCUCGACGCCCUCGACUACGUGUGGGAGUUCGAGGGCGGGGUGACGUCGAUGAGCACGGUGAACGACGAAGGUUCGCGCUCCGGCAAUCCCAAGAUGGUGGUGUGCACCGCCGCCGGUAGAAAGUACGUGGCAUACGUCAAGCGUCGUAAAGCGGGCGUGGCUAACCCGACGCCGGUGUUGCUCGAGGAGUCGCACGUCGACGCCAUAUCCCUGGUGCAGUUCGCCCCCGCUGGCGCGGACUUUGGCGAUCAGGGACCCAAAGCGCACGCGAACUCGUGCAUGCAGGCGGUGGUGAGCUGCGGCAGCGACGGGGCGCUCAAGGCUUGGAACCUCAACCCGCGGCCGGUUUGCACGAUGAGGACCAAGGUCAAGUCCACCGCGAUGGCGCCGAUGUGCGUGUGCGUUUGCGAUCAGAUGUUCAUGACCGGGUGGGCGGACGGCCACGUGCGGGCGCACGACAACGUCACCGGCGAGCUCCUGUGGACCCUCCCGGAUGCCCACGCGCAGGGCGGCGUCACGUCAAUCGCCGUCGCCCACGGAGCGCACUUCUUUUGCACCGGCGGCGCCGAGGGGAUGGUUCGAGUCUGGGACAUGCGCAAGCGCCAGCUCGUGUCCACGUUCAAGGAACACAGGAACCGCGUCGUCGGACUCACCGUCCUCACCGACGACCUCCACGUCGUGUCCGCGAGCAGGGACAGGAGCAUCAUCACGUGGGAUUUAGUUCGCGAGUGUCGGGUGCACCAGCAGACGCAACACGUCGGCGGCAUCAACGCGUGCGUCAUCAACCAGGCCAACCCUGAGGCCAUGCAGAUGGUGUCCGUCGGUCAGGACCGGUCGCUGUCGUUCUGGGACCUCAUGGACAGGGAUCCGCUGCAGAUUGUCAAAGGUGCGCACUCGCAGGAGUGCACGUGCGCGGCGCUGUCGAGCCAAGGCGUGUUGGCCACCGGGAGCAAAGAUCAGACGGUGAAGCUGUGGGAUUUCGACAGCGGACGGUUGCUCGCCGCGCAGCACGCGCACUGCGGCAGCGUGAGCAGCGUGACGUUCUCGGCGGACGGCCGGACGUUGGUGAGCGGGGGAGAGGACGGCAUCGUCAUGGUCUGGGACGUCGCCGUCGAUCGUUAAAGCUUGCUUCUGUGCAUUAUUGAUGAUAAAGAGUCCGACAGAAACAAACUGUCUUCAUUU